AUGUCCGAAAAUCCAACUUCCGACAAUGAAACAACUUCAAACGAAAAUGAUACUGAACCACAAAAAGACUUUAGAGAAGCAGGACUUCCGACUGAUUUCAUAAUCAAUGUUAGUGAACAGUCAUUUGAAGUUCAUCGCGACUUGAUUAUGACUAAGUCGGAAUAUUUCCGAGCAAUGUUAUCUCACGACACUAAAGAAAACCAGCAAGGAUUUGUGGAUAUGAACGAUGUAAACCCAACUGUUAUUGGUCAAUGCAUUGAGUUUAUGUACACUGGAGAAAUAACCGAGGUUUUACCAAAUAUUGAAAAUAUCGAAGAUGUAUUGCAAGCAGUAGAACUCAUGCAACUGGAAAAUCCCACAGAUUACUGUGUAGAAUUUUUAGACAAAAAACUGAAAGACUUAACCUGUCUCCAUAUUUCAUUAAUCGUAGCUAAAUUUAGCAUCACUGAACUGAAAGAAAAAAUUCUUUCACUAUUAGGAGAAACAUAUAACGUUGACAAUGUAUUUGAUAUACUGGAAAUGUCAAAGGUUGAUUUUGCCGAAAAAAAUGGCAAAAAAGUUUAG